CCGUAGCCCAGUAGAGCUCGGUGGGUGGAGGCUGGGAGGCGGGAACCCGCUGCGGUCCAGUCCCCCGCAUCCUUGGAUCCCGACAGCCUGCAGACCCUGGACCGGCAGCCUGCAGACCCUGGACCCCGACCCGCGCGCGGAGCCUGGUCCACGCAGUCCCCUCGCCGCAGGCAGGGGGCGGAGGCCGACCGAACAGUAUCGUCAUGGCCAUGGGACUCUUCCGGGUAUGUCUGGUGGUGGUGACAGCCAUCGUUAACCACCCGCUGCUCUUCCCACGAGAGAACGCCACGGUGCCUGAAAACGAAGAGGAGAUCAUCCGAAAGAUGCAGGAACACCAAGAAAAGCUACAGCUGGAGCAGCUGCGCCUGGAGGAGGAGGUGUCCCGGCUGGUAGCUGAGAAGGAGGCCCUGCAGCAGGUGGAAGAGGUAGGCCAGCAGCAGUCGGAGGCCCACACGGCCUGGGAUCUGUGGAGCACACUCUGUAUGAUCCUUUUCCUGAUCAUCGAGGUGUGGCGGCAGGACCACCAGGACGGGCCUUUGCCGGAGUGCCUGGGCGCAGAUGAGGAUGAGCUGCCUGGGCUGGGGGGCCCUCCACUGCAGGGCCUCACCCUGCCCAAUAUGGCCAUUCUGGGCCACUUUUACGAGCGCUGUAUCCGAAGUGCCACGGCAGAUGCCGCCCGCACACGGGAGUUUGUGGAAGGCUUCGUGGACGACCUGCUGGAAGCUCUGAGGAGCCUCUACAACCAGGACACUGACAUGGAGAUGGAGGAUUUCAUCGGCGUGGGCAGCAUGUACGAGAACUGGCAAGUGGACAGGCCACUGCUGUGCCACCUGUUUGUCCCUUUCACACUCCCGGAACCCUACUGCUUCCACCCGGAACUCUGGUGCUCCAGCCGCUCAGUGCCCCUGGAUCGUCAGGGCUACAGCCAGAUCAGGGUGGCCCGGGCUGAUGGGGACCCUCUGGGCUGUAUCUGUGGCAAGACCAAGCUUGGGGAAGACAUGCUGUGUCUCCUUCACGGCAAGAAUCAUGAAACGUGGUUCAGCAGUGGCCAGGGCCUCAAAAUGGAGGACCUGCUGGGCUCUAGCGAGUCCCCAUACCUAGAUGCCAUGCGGGUUAUGAAGUGGUUCCAGACAUCCCUCACCAGAGCCUGGCACCUCAUUGCCCACAAAUACGAGUUUGACCUCGCCUUUGGCCAGCUGGACACCCCAGGGUCUCUCAAAAUCAAGUUCCGCUCAGGGAAGUUCAUGCCCCUCAUCUUGACUCCUGUGAUCCAGUGCCAUGACUCAGACCUCUACUUUGUCUCACACCUCCCCAGGGAGCCCUUUGGGGGAACCCCUGUCUCCAGCACUGACUGGCUCCUGUCCUUUGCUGUCUAUGAGCGACAGUUCCUCCGGAUGAUAGCCAAGGCUCUGCCUGAGGGUGCCUGCCACCUCAGCUGUUUGCAGAUCGCCUCCUUCCUGCUCUCCAAGCAGAGCCGUCUGACUGGCCCCAGUGGGCUGAGCAAUUACCACCUGAAGACAGCCCUGUUGCACCUCCUGCUGUCCCGGCCUGCUGCAGACUGGAAAGCUACCCAGUUGGACGUUCGCCUGCGGGAGCUGCUCUGCUUCCUGGAGAAGUGCCUACUGGAGAAGAAGCUCCAUCACUUCUUCGUGGGCAACCGCAAAGUGCCUGAAGCCAUGGGACUCCCAGAGGCCUUGCUCAGGGCGGAGCCUCUCAACCUCUUCCGGUCCUUCGUCGUACAGCGGACUCUCUACUGUAGCACAGUGGCCUCCUUCUAUGAGAUGCUUAAGAAUGCCCCAACACUUAUCAGCGAGUAUUCCCUCCAUGUCCCCUCUGACCAUACCAGCCCACCCCCAAAAGCUGUUGUCUUGUAGAGCGUGGAGAGCCUGAGAAUCCAAGGCCAGGAGUGUCCCACGUCUACCUUAAUGGGUCUCUACAACCUAGUGCAGGAAACACGGCAGGCCUGCAGGGGCGCUGAGGUUCAGCUUGCCAGAAAGCCAGGUCCUGCAGAGUAAAGGAAACACAAGUCCAGCUGAAUGCUGGUUUGCCUUUCCUCCACUGAGGCUUGUUGGUAAGGCCGUUCAUUGGGGUUUGGGGGCUGAUCACAGUAAAUGAUGAUGAUGACAACAGAAAAGUCUCUGGACACUGAGGUGGAGAGAAUGCAGGCACUGAUUUGAAUGUCACCUUUUUAUACCCUGGUCCAAUCUGUGCCUCUUAUCAAUAGAGGAUCAUCUAGAAAGCUACCAGGAACCAGAUUAAAACCUAGCAUCUCCAUUCCAGGAACUCUUGGCCCCAGUCAUCUACAGCCAAAUUAUGAAUGAGGACAGAUGUGGGAAUUCAGUCUUUGAGC